AUGAUGGCGACGGUGCGCCGCGUUGUGUGGGUGUUGGCCGCUGCUCUGUGCUGCACGGCCUUGUGCGUGACGGCUGUUGCUGCUGAGAACGCUGGACAGACGGCCGUUUCUACUGAGGCGGCAGCGAGGGCAAAUGUGGCUGCCUGCAGAGACGCUGUGUCAAAUGCCCAGGCUGUGCUGCGAGGUGCUCAAGAGACUUAUGCCAAAGCUGACGAAGCAAAGAGGGAGCUCAAUGACUUUACGGCGAAGGCGGAGAAAGCAAAGGUGCCUGCCGCAGAGGCUAAGAGCAUGGCAACUGACGCAGUGACAAGUAUUAUCACCGGAUUGGAGGUGCUGAAGAAGAUUGUUGGAGAAGCAGGGACUGCGGUAACGGAUCCAGUGGCAUUGAAAGCGAGUGAUCUCACGGCUGCUGUGAAGGGUGCGGAAACUUCGAUGGGGAAGGCCAAUGAUGCUGCGGUAAAGGCCUCAGAGGCGAUGAAGUUACUCGAGGAGGCUACGGAGCAUGCAAAGAAUGUACAGGAUUGGGCAGAGAAGGUGGGGAAACGGAGCGUAGCCGAAGGGUGGAAGAACGCAGUGAAGAAUGUCGAUGAUGUCUUUAAGAGUGAGACGGAGACAAAUAAAAAAACUGCUGAAGCGGCGCUGAAACUCGCGGUAGAAAAAGUGAACAACAAUAAGCAAGAAAAAGAUGCUGCGAAUCUUUUUUUCAGUGCCCGAAUUAUGGCAGAGCGGAUUGGGGUAGCACUGACGAAUAGCAAUGCGUCAGUGAUUAGUGCUUCGCUCGCAGCAGCAAGUGCCAAGGACGCCAAAGGUAAUGCCACGGAUGCAGACGGGAAGUUAGAGAAAAAUAAGCCACAAGAGGAACAAGUAACUGUAACCGAAGCGGCAAAGGUCCCUGGUACAAAGGCCAAUACAGCUGCCACGGUUGCAAAGACUAACGCUGAGUCGGCAAAAGAGAGUGCCAUCAGUACCGCGCAGAGUAUUGAUAGUGCACUGAAGGUAGCAGAGGUGGUGAAGAAGCUUGUCGACGAGGCAUGUAGCUCGGCUAACAAUGCCAGGGGUGCGGCUAAGCAAAACAAGGACAAGGCGGACGCUGCGCUGGUCGAGGCCGAAGAAGAGUUGAAGAAAUUCACCACAGUGGAGAAGCCAGAGUCACGGCUACCCGAAGAGGAGGAACCGCCCACUGACCACAAAUCCAGCGAGACAGAAGGCACUGUACCCCUGCCGACGGACCAACCUGCCAAGACGGAGGACAAAAUCAGUGGGACUGCAGGCGGAUCUAACAUUGGGGUGAAAGACGGCAGCGACAUCCCCGCGUGGGUGCGUGCCCCACUGAUGCUGCUGCUGCUGCUUGCCUGUGUGGCCGUGUGGUGA